AUGGAAUCUUUCAACCGCAUGCAACUCUUCUGUGGCAUAAAAUUGUGGAGACUGAGCCAGUGGUUUGCUGUAGCAACACUGAUUUCCUUAUGCAAGUCAUUGCCUCAAGCUGCUCCUCCAUUAUUAAAAAAUGUGCCAUUCAUUUUCAUGUGGACUGCUCCCACAGAAUUGUGCAAGACAAGAUAUGGAGUUGAUCUGGACCUGAAAUAUUUUCAAUAUGUGAGCAGUACUUUGAAAACUGACACCAAUCAGACGGUUUCAAUAUUCUACCCUGACAGGUUUGGCAUUUACCCUACUGUAAAUGAAAUAACGGGUGAGUCAUUCAAUGGGGGUCUCCCCCAACUGGUUAAUUUAAAAAAACAUUACGAACAAGCAAAGAAAGAUGUUCAUUUCUAUAUUCCUUACAACAACCCUGGCUUAGCUGUCCUUGACUUGGAGGACUGGAGACCACAAUGGGUUAGAAACUGGGCUGAAAAAGACAUCUACAGAAGAUAUUCUACUGCUCUUGUUCAGCAGAGGGGCCUAACACUAACUUUUGAAAAAGCUUACCAUGUUGCCAAAGAUGAGUUUGAACAGGCAGCAACAAGUUAUUUUAAGAACUCUUUGAAGCUGGGAAAGACAUUAAAACAUAAACGUGUAUGGGGCUACUACCUAUUCCCUGAAUGCUACAAUUAUGACUACAAUCAAACUAUAAAUUAUACUGGAAGAUGUCCUGAUAUUGAAAUAGAAAGAAACAAUAAGCUUCAGUGGCUUUGGAAUGAAUCCACUGCUCUUUACCCAUCAAUAUAUCUGGAGAUAAUACUGAAGGCUUCCUCUAAGGCCCUGCUGUUUGUUCGCCAUCGUCUGCAGGAAGCAAUGCGAGUUGCCAUGCUUCCCAAUCCGUCAUACUCUCUCCCUGUGUAUGCAUAUACUCAGGCUGCAUUUAAAGACAAUAAUACAGAAUAUCUAUCCGAGAUUGACUACGUGCAUACAUUUGGAGAAGCUGUGGCUUUAGGUGUUUCAGGUAUUGUUCAGUGGGGAAGUCAAAAUUUUACAAAGAGCAUGGACACUUGUGUAGCCUUAAGAAGUCACAUUGAAAAAACUUUGAAUCCGUACAUCCUGAAUAUAACCACAGCGACAAAACUCUGCAGUGCAACACUUUGCAAAAACAAGGGAAGAUGUAUCAGGAAGAACUGGAACUCCAGUGAUUACCUGCACUUGAAUCCACAAAGCUUUAAAAUUCAGAGGGCGAAAGGUGGUGAGCUGUCAGUGAAUGGGAAACUGUCACAGAAAGAUGUAAGAUCACUGGAAGAAAAGUUCACCUGUUUCUGUUUCACAAAAGAACCCUGUAAUGAAAGAAGUAUUUUAAAUAACUUUUCCAGAGGAAUUUACAAUAAGGAUUUUAUUUUUUCUGUGGAACUUGUCCUUGGUUUAUUUAUACUUACAAUACUCUGUGGUCACGUUAUGUACUGCAAUUACCUUAUCAGACGUUUUUAACAUGGAUACAGCAGUGCAAUAUAGGUUUUUGUAAUUUGAAAGACAAUAAUGACUAAUAAGUGCAUGAUUAGCUUUUAAGUGUGUAAUGUUGUUUAUGUGUUAUGUUUGAAGUGGACAAGUUUGGCACUCAUGCUAAGCUAUUUCCUUGAUAAGUUAAUACUAGGCAUAUGUUAUUAUAGGAAUGUGGCAGGGCAGAAGCCCUGUGUGUGUGGUUUUGGGUGUUGGGUUAAAUAAAGAUGAAUUCAUUUUAAUGCAAGUUUGGCAGGGAAAGAGUUAAUUUCAUCCCUGCCAGGACCUACAGGUGUAAUGUGGCCAUUCGUGAAUUAGAUAAUCAAGUGCUAAUUGGGGAAUGGCCACAAGUAUAUAAAAGAACCAAACAAGCUUUGUUUGGGUUUUUUUUUUUUUUUUUUAAUUAUAAAAAAAAGGCUGAGUUUGUGAACUAUGUUGUGAAGAUGAAUGCCCAGCCUACAAGUGUUUAUUCUUUUUGUUUGAAGCUUUUGAUUUGGCCCCUGUGCUGUUGUUUCUUUGAUUUGUUUUUUGUUAAUUAAAGUGGCAUU